GUACCGUAGAAAUACGAUAGAAUAGAAAUACAAUACAUGUGUUUUUGUCUGUCUGGGUUUCAUUCGUUGUCGUCGUUGACGAGAAUUCAUGUCUUGAGUUCGAAGCUUCAUUUUUUUUCAUUCUCUCUCUCUCUCUCUCUCUCUCUCUCUCUCUCUCUCAGAUCUCUCUUCCAUUUCAUCAAAAUCAAUUCCCAUUUCUAGGGUUUCAUUCUAUUCUCCGAUCUCCCCUUUCUUCGCUGAUCUACGCCGCGCAAAGGGUUUUGAAGUGAUUGAACUGGAAUUGGAAUUGGGUAGAGUUAUUUAGGGUUAAGGAAUAUUGAAUGGAAAAGGACAAAUCUUUGGGUCUUGGUGGUGGUUUUCCACCUCCAUCAGGACGAUAUUCGGGUUAUUCACUUCCUGGAAGUGGUUUCAAUGUGAAAUCUGAAUCCUCAACGGGGGCGUAUCCUCUGCCUGUUCCUGGAACCAGCUCAGAUUCUAGUGGCUUUAGUCAUGAUAUUAGCAGAAUGUCUGAUAAUCCUCCAAGAAAUAGAGGUCAUAGGCGUGCUCAUUCAGAGAUUCUUACCUUGCCUGAUGAUAUUAGUUUCGAUAGUGACCUCGGUGUAGUUGGUGGUGCUGAUGGACCUUCGUUCUCUGAUGAUACUGAGGAGGACUUGCUGUCUAUGUAUCUUGAUAUGGAUAAGUUCAAUUCGUCGUCUGCAACGUCCACAUUUCAAAUGGGUGAGGGGUCUAAUGCUGCUGCAGCAUCAGGUUCCGCACCAAUGUCAGUAGGGAAGGCAUCAGGUGCAGGUACCUCUUCUGGGGAAAAUAUUGCCAGUGUUACUACUAAUGAAAGGCCCAGAAUUAGACACCAGCACAGCCAAUCUAUGGAUGGGUCGACAACCAUCAAACCUGAGAUGUUAGUCUCGGGUUCAGAUGACAUGUCUGCAGCUGAUUCCAAAAAGGCAAUGUCAGCAGCCAAGCUUGCAGAACUUGCCUUGAUUGAUCCCAAGCGUGCAAAAAGGAUCUGGGCAAAUAGGCAGUCUGCGGCAAGGUCAAAAGAGAGGAAGAUGCGGUAUAUUGCUGAGCUUGAAAGGAAAGUGCAGACAUUGCAAACAGAGGCAACAUCUUUGUCUGCACAAUUAACUCUCUUGCAGAGAGAUACAAGCGGAUUGAAUUCUGAGAACAGUGAGCUGAAGCUGCGGUUGCAAACCAUGGAGCAACAAGUUCACUUGCAGGAUGCUUUAAAUGAUGCAUUAAAAGAAGAAAUUCAGCAUUUGAAAGUAUUGACUGGGCAAGCUAUACCACCAAAUGGAGGACCUAUGAUGAACUUUGCUUCUUUUGGAGGGGGACAGCAGUUCUAUCCCAAUAAUAAUCAUGCCAUGCACACUCUUUUAGCUGCACAACAGUUUCAACAUCUCCAAAUUCAUCCUCAGAAGCAGCAGCAGCAGCAGCAGCAGCCGCAUCAUCAGUUUCAGCAACAAAUACAACAGCAACAGCAACAACAAAUACAGCAGCAACAAAUGCAGCAGCAGCAGCAGGAACAACAGCAACAUCAACAAUCAGGCGACUUGAAAAUGAGAGCAACUACACCUCCAUGCCCCAAUGAUAAUCCUUCAUCAGAUGCAAAUCCUUCGGCGGCCAAGGAUUGUUGAGAAACUGUGCAUUAUCGUAUAACUUUAGAUUUCUCUUUGUCUCGGUGUCCUAGUUGUUGUGGGGUGCAGCCUUGUUCUAUUUUUUAUUCUUAAUCAGUACAAAUGUUCGUAGUUACAGAUUUAGAAUUAUGUGUUGGCAGCGUUGCAUCUUUGUUUUGUAUAAUACUAAAAUUUGUUGGCACCUUAGUUAAUUGUCUAUCGAUAUAUAGGGGUUGGGAUGAUUUUGUCAAAUCUCCAAUAGGCUUGUUUACUUUGUUGUUUGAGAUGAUGUACGAUCACCUUAGGAAUUGUCCCUUCUAUAAUGUAGCAUUUCGCCAUUGCACAAUCAACCAAAGGGGUAGAUGCUUUCUCAUUUGGUUGAUUUGAA